AUGGCGGAUCCCGGGUUGGAAAGUCAGACAAGUCCAUUUGCCAAGCAGACGGGGGGAGGAGGAUGGCCUGAGCCAAGGUUACACCCCCCUGCCAAUAGAAUGAGAUCGCCCGCGGGUCUGCCGGAACCUAGCAAGCAGUCGGUAACUUGUGACGUCACAGGAGCAAGCUUCCGGCCUCACAGAUUAUAUUUGUCGUUGCAACACAUGUAA